CCGGUCGGUGGCGAAGAGCGGGGCGCGGCUGCAGCCGGGCGGCGGCGGCUUCACGGCGCCCAGCCCGCAGUGCGGCGAGGCGGGCAGCAGCCCCAGCCACUCGGCGGAGAAAUCCGCCGGUUCCGCCAGCCCGCCCGGGAACACGUGGGCGCCGGGCAUGAAGCCGCUGCGGGAGCUCCGGCGCAGCAGCAGCAGCUCGUAGUCGAAGGGGCCGAGCGGCGAGCGCGGCGGCCGGCCCGGCGUGCCCGCCGCCAGCAGCAGCGUGGCCGCCUCCCGCCAGUGCCGCAGCCGCGGGUUCAUCUUGGCGAGGCGGAGGGCGGCGGGGCAGCCGCGCUCCCGCGGCGGGGCGGGCCGGCACCGCCGCCUGCGCCCCCGGAGGAGCCACUGCAGCCGCGGGGCGGGCCUGCGCCGGGGGAGGCCCGCGGGAGGCGGGACAGCGCCGGCAUGCCUCAGCCCCCCUCAGCCCUAAGCCGAACAUCUCCUUGGAGUAUCUGAAGUCCAUAUGGCUAUGUAUGAUGAAGAUAUCUUGAAAAAUCCCUUUUAUUUGGCCAUUCAGAAGCGACGUCCUGAUCUAUGCAGCAAAGUUGCAGAACUCCAUGGUAUUGUGCUAGUUCCAUGCAAAGGAAGCCUUUCAAGCAACACUCUUUCUACCUGCCAGUUUGAAUCUUAUGUUCUGAAGCCUCUGGAAGAAAAUUUUCAAACCUUAAAUGGAAAGGAGAUCUUCAUACAAGGCAACCUCAUCAUUCUAGGAGCUGGUUUUAAUUACACUCUCUCAGUACCUGUCCUCUUUGAGGAAACCUUUUACAAUGAAAAAGAAGAAAGCUUUAGUAUAUUGUGCAUAGCUCAUCCAUUGGAAAAAACAGAAAGCUCAAGUGAAUCUACAGCUUCAUCAAACUCCUAUUCUCUUAAAAACAUUGAAGAUGUUAGAGAGUUCUUGGGAAGGCACUGUGAGAGAUUUGAUAAAUACAUAGCAUCUUUCUAUAGGACAUUUAAAGAACACGAAAGGAAAAGCCUCCGCCACUACAUAGAUUCUGUCAAUGCACUUUAUACCAAAUGUCUGCAGCAUCUUUUGAGAGAUUCGCACUUGAAGAUGCUUGCAAAGCAAGAAGAGCAGAUGAAUCUGAUCAAACAAGCUGUUGAAAUGUAUAUCCAUCAUGCUAUUUAUGACCUAAUCUUCAAAUAUGUGGGGACGAUUGAGGCAAGUGAGGAUGCUGAUUUUAAUAAAAUCACGAGGAGCCUUCAAGACCUGCAGCAAAAAGACAUUGGAGUGAAGCCUGAGUUCAGUUUUAAUAUACCACGUGCAAAGCGAGAGCUGGGUCAGUUGAACAAAUGCACUUCCCCUCAACAGAAGCUGCUUUGUCUGCGUAAAGUUGUGCAAAUUAUUAUGCAGUCUCCAAGCCAAAGAGUUAACAUGGAAACCAUGUGUGCAGAUGAUCUUCUCUCUGUUUUGCUGUAUUUGCUUGUAAAAACAGAAAUUCCAAACUGGAUGGCCAACCUGAGUUACAUAAAGAACUUCAGGCUGUGCAGCUCAGUGAAGGAUGAGCUGGGGUACUGCCUGACCUCCAUUGAGGCUGCCAUCGAGUACAUCCGCCAGGGCAACCUCUCGGACAGACCCACAGAAUCUGAGAGUCUGUGUGACAAGCUGCUCUUAAGACAAAGGAUGAACUUGUUGUCCCAGAUGUCUGCUACACCAAUAGACUGCUUGUUUAAGCAUAUUGCUUCAGGUGAUCAGGAGGAAGUGGAGCGGCUGCUAAGUCAAGGUGACAGUGAUAAGGACACUGUACAGAAAAUGUGUCACCCGCUGUGUUACUGUGACAAAUGCGAGAAGCUGGUUUCUGGGAAACUGAAUGACCCUUCCAUUAUCACUCCCUUUUCCCGAGAUGACCGGGGGUACACUCCACUUCAUAUAGCUGCUAUUUGUGGUCAGACUUCCUUAGUGGAUUUACUGGUGGCCAAAGGAGCCAUUGUCAAUGCCACAGAUUACCACGGUUCAAGUCCCCUUCACCUCGCCUGUCAGAAGGGAUAUCAGAAUGUUACACUGCUCUUAUUGCACUACAAGGCAAGUACUGAUGUUCAGGACAAUAAUGGAAAUACUCCACUUCAUUUAGCCUGCACUUACGGUCAUGAGGAUUGUGUCAAGGCUUUAGUGUACUAUGAUGUGCACUCCUGCAGGCUGGAUAUUGGCAAUGAGAAGGGAGACACUCCUCUGCACAUUGCUGCUCGCUGGGGCUAUCAGGGCAUCAUUGAAGUGCUCUUGCAGAAUGGGGCAAAUCCAGAAAUUCAGAACAGGAUGAGAGAGACUUCCCUGCAGUGUGCAUUGAAUUCCAAGAUUUUGUCAUUGAUGGAAGCAAACUACCUAACAUUUGAAAGAGGACAGAGUGCUUCUGAGUCACCACUUAGGUCUCCUCAACACUCAACAGAAACUUUCAGCAGAGGAUCAUCUGUCUCAAGCCUGUCAUCAGCAUCAACUGAUAUUAGGCAAGAAGAAGCAAAAAACAGUUAUAAAGAGGUGGAAAAACUCCUGAGAGCAGUUGCUGAUGGAGAUCUGGAAAUGGUCCGUUAUCUCUUGGAAUGGGUGGAAGAAGACUUGGAAGAUGAGGAUGACACAGCCAGUACAUCAAAACCAGAAUUCUGCCAUCCAUUAUGCCAGUGCUCAAAAUGUGGGCCAGCGCAAAAGAAGUUUUCCAAGAUCUGUGCCAACGGGCUGGGGGUGAAUGUUUCCAACCAGGAUGGUUUCACCCCCCUGCACAUGGCUGCUCUGCACGGGCACAGCGAGCUGGCAUCGCUGCUGCUGCGCCACGGCGCCAGCGCCAGCGCCAAGAACACCCAGCUGGCAGCUCCCCUGCACCUGGCCUGCCAGAGGGGACACUCCCAGGUGGUAAAGUGUCUGAUGGAUUACAAUGCUAAGCAAAAUAAAAAGGAUAUAUAUGGAAAUACUCCCUUAAUUUAUGCAUGCUUGAAUGGUCACUAUGAGACGACUGCCCUGUUGCUGCAGCACGGAGCCUCGGCGAACCUCUCCAACAGCAAGGGCAGCACCGCUCUGCACGAGGCCGUGGCGGGCAGGAGCGAGGCGCUGGUGGCGCUGCUGCUGCAGCACGGGGCCCUGCGGCACCUGCGCGACGAGCGCGGCUGCACCGCCGCAGACUGCGCCGAGCCCAAUUCAAACAUCAUGAAGUUGCUAGAAGCAGCACCAAGCUGUCCCCCCACAUCAGCAGAGGGAGAGAAGGAGAGUGAGCAGCACAUGACUGGCAAGAUAAGGAAAAAAGUGCAUCCUAAGCCCUGUGAGAAAGCCGAUGAUCCCAUAAGCAGACAACUUCAACUGGUCCAAUCAAUUAACAGAUUUAACAAAGAAAAACACUUACGGAGAACAAUAACAAGAGAUAAAAGUGUCCCUAAUUUUGACUAUCACUUACUGCACCAGAUGGCAAUUAAAAGCUUUGAUAAAAGCAAAUUAAGAUCUGUUGGAAUGCUGGAGCAGAGCACAGGUCAGGUGACUGACUCGGGGUGCAGCGGUGAGUUUGUGGAAGAUGAGGACCCGGCAGCUCCUCCCCGGAGUAAAUUACUGCAGCGCAGACACACGGUCAAUGUGCCACUGCCGGCAGAGGGCAGCGACAGCGGCUCCUGCGACAGCGGGGUCCGUGUGCCACUGCCGGCAGAGGGCAGCGACAGCGGGGUCCGUGUGCCACUGCCGGCAGAGGGCAGCCACAGCGGGGUCAAUGUGCCACUGCCGGCAGAGGGCAGCGACAGCGGGGUCCCUGUGCCACUGCCGGCAGAGGGCAGCGACAGCGGGGUCAAUGUGCCACUGCCGGCAGAGGGCAGCGACAGCGGGGUCCGUGUGCCACUGCCGGCAGAGGGCAGCGACAGCGGGGUCAAUGUGCCACUGCCGGCAGAGGGCAGCGACAGCGGGGUCAAUGUGCCACUGCCGGCAGAGGGCAGCGACAGCGGCUCCUGCGACAGCGGCUCCUGCAGGCCGGCAGCCCCGGGGGUGCCAGAGUCCCCGGACUGGCGGGGCUCGGGUGCACAUCACUGAAGGGAAGCGCGGUUCUGAAGGCCGGAGCUGAGGAAGUCGGUGGUGGUGUGAAUUUCGGUAGCCCUUCACUGGGUGUUACUGUCGGUGACACUCACACCCCCCAGUUCAGAGCAGGCACAGGCUCUGCAGCACAGCUGGAAUGUUCUGGCACCCUGGGGCCUGACUCCUCUGUUCAUGAUGGAGGUGACCACACAGCCAGAUCAUUACUGAUCUCACUAACAGGGAUGUAUCGAGGUAAAGACAGCAAAAUUACUUUCCUAUUCUGUUAAGCACUUGUUAAAAAGUUCUAUGUAACAGUAAACCAAAUGAAACCCUGUAUUGUAUUUUUCAGCCACCCACUUUGUUUUAAAAGUCUUUGAAUAAUUUUUGCAUUUUCAGUUUUUAUCACUACAUUCAGAAUUAAAUAUAAAUAUAUUUAUAUAUAUAAAAAGCUAUAUUGGAUAACAAGGUAUUUAUUGCCAGAGGUAAUUGAAAUGUCUCUAUUUUUAUUGUAAUGUUACAAACCAUUAUAGUAUAUAUUUCUGUAUAUUUCAGUAGCUGGCCAAACAAUAGUCCAUAACAUCUGCAUUAGCAAUGUGAAGGGAUGUAAUCCUUGCUAAUAUCUCAGCAAUGCUCCCCUCUACUGGAGCUGCAAGAUCAAGUUCUUAUAGAGGAGCUAAGAUACUGGGGAAAAAGUGGACAGCCCUUGACAAAGCUAAAUUUGGGCUUGCUGUUCACAGCCUAAUAAAAAAGGAGAAGCAAGCACAAGGUGCUGCUUGUGUUUUAUUGUGGCAUGCAUUUAAGUUGCUUUUCCCUUCCUCUAAAGUAAUGCAAAAAUGCACAAUUACUCAUGAUUCUCAUCCUGGGCAACAUCCACAGACAAAGCUGCUCCAGAGCCUGCUCUGGACUGCUAUUAAAAAGGUGAAAUUGCCAUUAUGAAAGGUACUUCUCACACCAGUGAGCACUGGCUGGAAUAGGCCAAAUCCUGCCCCAUUCCCAGGGGUGAUCACUGAAGAACUGAAAGCUGAGGGAACUACCCAGUGCUGCUUGGAUUUGAAAUUCAUUUUCUACUGUUCGGUUAUGGGAGGCAAAUCUGUAAAUAGCACAAGCCAGGUUUUGCAGUGCAGUAUUUUUUUAUUCUUGGCUCAUCACAUCCAGCUUGCAUUUUAUUUCAUGAACUGUUUGUAUACAUAAUUCUCUUUCUUUUAACUGUGGUAUUAGUAAAUUACCUGGCAAAAUACAAAGCUGGAAGAUAAGAGUGCUGGGUUUUUCAGAUAACUUUUUAAUCUAAGAGGUAAAAUGUCAAAUGACAUUUGGAUUUGAGGGUAAUGUGUUUAUUUUUCUAAUAAUUUAUGAGUUCAUCUGAUUUUCUGAUGUGCCUUGGAUUUGUGCCAAAUGAUGGAAAGAAAAAACUAGUAAAAGAACUCUUGAAAA